AUGUCAACAGAACCCGAGCGCUUCUUCCCUUUCCACUCCUCCCACCUCUCCUCUGUCUCUUCCGUCACCUGGCUGCAACCGCGCCAGCCACAGAGAGCAUGGAUUGCGCGUUUCCUUCCCAACGCGCGGCGCCCGCUAUCGCAGGUCCUGCUGGCGCAAAUACCAGCUCCGCCCUUCUCCGCGAGCCCAGCAGCAGCAUCCAUGGGCGUGGUCCCGGGGAGUCGCUUGCGCCGAGAGAGCGGCAGAGGCAGGGGCACGAGCGUCGACACGAGAAUAGGUACGGAGGGCGGCAGCGGGAGGUGGCAGAGAGGGAGUGAGAGCAGCGCGAGUGUGGAGUUCGCAGGUGGCCCUCAUGUGGGCGCCAUGAUUUCCCCGCGGGGCAGCAGCUCUGCUAGCACGAGCACGAACACGGGCAGGGGCAGCAGCGCGCAUGUGAGCCACCUGGACGCCGCUCUCAUUGGCCCCACUGCUGCUGCGGCGUUCACUGCUGAUGUUCACGCCAUGGCCUGGCCUGCUGCCCUGCGCAACCCCGGGUUUGCUGUGCAUGGUGGCGCUGGUGCUGGUGAGGGGGGGGGCGGGAAGAGCGAUGCUGGCUCGUCUAUUGCUGCUGCUUCUGCUGCCCAGCUACCCUCCAACACCACUGGACCCACCACCGCAAGUGGCAGCAAGAGUAAUAGCAGUGUUGCUGUUAACAGCGGGGUUCGCAACAGAGGCAGCAGCGGCAGGGGCGGCGGUCAAAGGCCCAGCAGUCGCAGGCCGACGGCUCAGAUCCGCAUCGACCGCAUUCCACCGGACACGUCCGCGGAGACAGUGGCGACGUUUGUGCGAGACACACUGGGCGUGAUUGUGGACCGUGUGAAGAUCAAGGGGUACACCCGCAUCCGCGCCCUGCCCGCUGGCAGAGCCACAGCAAGCGCAGCCAGCACAGGGGGGGCAGCAGGCGCAGGGGAGAGAGCAGUGGUGGAGGGGACGCGGUACCGGGAGGAGUGGGUGUCGGCAGGGUAUGGAUACGCAGACUUCCUCACAGCAGAGGUGGCGGAGUUUGUGAUGGCGAGGGAGGAGGCGCUGGUGCUGAAAGGGCAGCAGCUGGCACUGCAGUGCACCAUGGAGCAGCGCCGCGAGCCUGAGGGGCUGCUCUCCCACGCCAAUGUGCACCUCGGCUCCAUCCACCAGCCCGGCCAGCUGGCGCUGACGUGGCGCUCCAAGCCCGAGAGCUGCCGCGUGGAGUUUGACUUUCUGGAGAGGCGCGUGCGGGUGGUGGUGCAGGCAAAGGCGGGUGAGCGGGGGAGGGGUGGUGCAGGGUGGGGAGGCCGCGCGGCAGGAGAGGGGGGUGCAAGGGAGGAUGCAGGUGCAGCGCUCUGUGGUGGCUCCCUGGCGUCCAUCCCCCUGGCGUUCCAGCGAGUGGAGUACAAGCUGGAGUGGCGCAUGCGGGACGUGCGCCUGUGGGGCACCAAGGACGGCACCCCCCCCGACACAGACGGGCCCGGCCUCACCUCCUCGCUGCUGCUGCUGCUCUUUGUGCCGCCUGCCGUGUUCUCACGUGCGUGUGACGACGACGUGUGGCAGCUGGAGCCCGACAGAUGGUUCCCUGAUGAUGGCGACCCGUGGACCCGAACCACUGACGAGCACUUCCUCCCCGCGGGGGCGAGGGCGGGCGCUUGUACAAGCGCAGAAGCAGGCGCGUGUGUGGGCGUUGGGGAUGAUGGAAGGGGAGGUGCUGGUGCGGGGCGGUGGGACAGUGGGCCUGGUAGCGGUGGAGGCCGUGGCGUGAGUGGGUGGAAGGGGCUAGUGUGGAGUGGAGGGGUGUUGGGAGCGGCGUCGGUGAUGCAGGUGUCAGUGUCGGUGCGGCAUGGCAUCCAUGUGAGGCGCAUAGCAGAGCACAUGCGCACUGCAUCGCUGCACCUCAGAGCACGCUACCUGGGAGACCCACCGCGCGUCGCCAUCACCGCCCACUAUGCUGCCGCCCCGCCCAUCCACCUCACCCUCUUCAUCUCCCUCGACCCGUCCUGGCUCCCCAAUACCACCCAAGGCACCGUCCCCCCCACUGCUGUGACUGCCUCCCUGUACCGCACUCUGGCGUACGAGCCUGUGCCCGCUGCCGUGGCGGUGCUGAUCGAGUUCCUCCGCUUCUCCCGCCCUGAAUUCGACCCCGCCAGGAAGUUCUGCCAGAUCGCCCGCGCCAUGCGCCACCACGGCAGGCUGCAGACGCGGGGAGGCACCGAUACGGGGCGAGCCAAGGAACCAGAAGGGACGCGUGAGCACCAGAGUGAGAGGGGAGCAGAGCAGCAAGGGUCAGUUGUGGGAGAGUUGGAACUGCAGCCGCAGUCGCAGCAGGAACAACGAGACACGGAGGAGAAGGCAGGGGAAGCGAGCGAAGGGGAGAGCAGCACGUGGCCGUGGAGGCUACCAGCGAACCACGUGGUGGUGUUCCGGCUGCUCAUCACACCGCUGGGCGCGCAGUGCUGCAUGCCGGGCGUGGAGCUGACCAACCGCGUGCUCACGCACUACUGCCCCCACGCGCACCGCUUCCUGCGCGUCACCUUCACGGACGAGGGCCUAAAGACCCUGUCACCCUCCGCCCUCAGAGAUGCUGCUGGGCGCCGCGAGGGUGUUGCUGGGCACACCGACGUGUACCGCCGCAUUCUCAGCCUCGUGGAAGAGGGUUUUAGCCUGUGUGGGCGGCACUACCGCUUCCUGGCGUCGUCAGCAUCGCAGCUGAGGGAGAAGUCAGCGUGGUUCCUGGCAGAGGAUGAUGCGCUCAGCCUCACCGUUGCCUCCGUGCAGGCGUGGAUGGGCACCUUCUCCGCCAUCCGCAACGUGGCCAAGUGUGCGGCACGCAUGGGGCAGUGCUUCUCCGCACGCUUCACCUCGCUGCCCCUCCCCCGUGCCCACGUGCGCAUGAUCCCCGAUGUCACGCGCGGCAACUUGUGCUUCACGGACGGAGUGGGUGCCGUGUCUCCAGAGGCGGGCAAGGCCCUGGCAGAUGCCAUUGCUCCUUACCUUGACAGGCCCCAAGUGGAGCACGAGGCAGACCCGCACAGAAAGGCAGGCGGCAUCGGCAGCAAUGGCGGCAGGAACAGCGGCAGCAGGGCUGCGAUUGCCAUGGAUGGUGGGAGCACAAGUGGUGUGCAUCGGCAGGUGGUGAACUUGAUGUUCCGCCAAGGGGAUUACGCCACUGACUCGUGGAUGCAUGCAGGGGAGGGCGCGGGUGCUAGUGGCAGCAGUGAUGUGCAUGUGGAUGCUGCUGCGGUCAAUGAAACCCUCCCUGGCGUGGCAGCAGAGGGUGAAGGCAGUACAGCAACCUCAGCAACCGAAGCAGCAGCAGGGGCAGCAGCAGUGACGCACAUGUGGAUCCGGCCAAGCAUGGUCAAAUUUGAGUCGCAGCAUGCGGAUGUGGAGGUGGUCAACUGGACGCGCCCCCUGCCGUGCUUCCUCAAUCGCGAGAUCAUCACACUACUCUCCACCCUGGGAGUGCCGGACCACGUCUUUCUGCACAUGCAAGUCAGUCAGUCCACGCCUGCUCCCUUCUAUGCACACCCGUUCUACUUAUACCCCAGGGUGCGUUCGACCUCGCUCGCGUGUCUGCGCCUGGCACGCGAGGCCGCCAUCGCCUUCGACUUCCCCAAGACGGGCGUGGCGGGACAGAUGCCACACGACCUGCGCGUGCAGGAGUACCCCGAUUUCAUGGAGAAGGGCCCGAGUAAGGAGACAUACGAGUCCAACAAGGUGCUGGGGCGCCUGUACCGUGCAGUUAAAGACACUGCCGUGGUGUAUGAUGAUGACGAUCUGCCGCGCGUAGUACCUGCGGUGGCAGAGGAGGAGGGGGCGGGGGGCGAGGAGACGGCGCAAGAGCGGAGGGAGUGGGAGGAGGAGGCGGCUCGGCAGGUGCAGGAGGCGAGGGAGGUGAGGGAGGGGGCGGGCGAGGGUAUGGGGUGGGAGGACGAGGUGGCGGUGCUGGAGGAUGGGCGCACGAGGCUGCAAUGGGCGCGCGUGGAGGAGGUGGGGCGUGCGUACACGGAGGACCCAAGUGUGGAGGGGUUCGAGCAGCAUGUGCAGGAGGACAGGGAGCUCAAGUGGGCGUAUGACCGCUCCAUGCUGCACAUCCUGCACCAGUUUGGCAUCAUGACGGAGGCGGAGGUGGCAACAGGCAGCAUGCUUCAGGCAUCGCACCGCAACGGGCGCAAGGACGAUGCUGUGCGCGAGCAAGUGCGCAAUAUGUUUUCUAACCUGCACCGCCACUACCACCGCCUGCUCGUGUGCGGGGCAAAGCACGGAGGGGAGGAAGACGAUGAUGUUGAUGACGACAGCAGUGACGCCUCUUUUCCUGCUGCUCGAACGAAGCAGCAGCAGCAGAAGAAGGAUCCGCGGCUGCGGGUGACGCCCAAAGUGAACGUGGUGCAGGGCAUCAAGGCGAUGGUGCCAGACGCUGCUCCAACUGCCCACAAGCCCAGCGCUGAGCACCCCAUCGCCAACUGA